AUGGCGGACGAAAUUGUUAAUUCUACAGAUUUAAAUAUGGCAACUGGUGGAGUUGAAGAUAGUGAAGUUGUAGUUAGCACGAAAGGUAGUGAAAUGAAAUAUAUAAUAUAUAAAUAUUUUACAUUGAACUAUUUAGAUCAACCUAUGAUACAAACAGUUGAUGAAAAUGGUUAUGAAUCUGAAUGUAGUUCAAGUUCAAGAAGUGAAGCAGAUAUAGCUCGUUCAGCACUUGAAGUUGAAGCUGAUGCAUUUACAAGAUUUAUUGAACGACAACGUACUGAAGUCAUGUUUGAAUUACGUAAUUUACGUUUAGGUGAUCGACCAGUUACUGGACAACCUAAUCGAGAACGAAUUGAAUCAUUUCUUAAUGAUAUUCAAGAAAGUCAACAAGUCGUUAGAGCACCAUCAACACGACCACCAGUGCCUAGUGCUCAUAUGGCUGAUAUUAAUGCAUUAACAAGUCGUCGAUGUGUAUCAGCUGCAUUAGGUAGUGCUGCCUUUCGACAAGAUCUUGAAAAUACUAUUCGACAAUCGAUGGGUGGUCCUCCAGUACAACAAGUCCGAACUCCAGUCGUUGUUCAACAGCAACGUCCUCCAAUCACACCAGCUGCAUUACUAACUGCUGCCCAACAAUUACGUUCAAAUGUCACACGAACAAUUCCUACACCUCCUAUUCAGCAACAACUUCCACGACCCACACAGGCUAUCCCUCCAGCUCCUGUUCUACAAACACCAUUGAAUAUUCAAAGACAAGAACGUGAAUUAGAUGCAUGGCAUACAAUAACACAAUUACAACGUGAAACAAUUGUCGUAGAAAUUAGUGAUCUUGUACAUCGACAAUUAGUUACAAGUGCAUUAGAAAGUGAUUUUCGUCAACAUUUGGAACAUAAUGUUUUAAGUCGUUUGGAACAAGGAACAACUGUUCAGCAUGAAGGACAAACAGUACGACCACUACCACCAGUUCUUCCUCAACCAACUAGAGUUAGUUCUACUAUCUCGACUACAAAUGUUGAUGCAUUAACAUCACGUCUUGAUUCAAUGCAACAAAUGAUGCAACUUAUGUUUAAAAUGCAAAUGGAUAUGCAAAGAUCAUUACGUCAAGAAGUCGCAAGUGCUUUAGCUCAAAAUGCUGCAGCAACAACAACAACAAUGAAUUCAUCGACACAACCAAUGAUUGCUGGUCAUUGUACUAUUUGUUUAACUGCAACUGCUGAUACAGUUCUUUAUCGAUGUGGUCAUCUUUGUGUUUGCUAUAUGUGUGGAUUACAACUUCAAGAAACAGCAGCACCUACUGGUGUUAAAUGUAAAUGUCCCGUAUGUCGAGCUCCAGUUGAUGAUAUUCUUCGUGUAUAUCGAAGCAGUCGUGAUGGAGAAUAA